CGCCUAGUAACCACUGCCAUUAUGGGAACGGUCUCUUAGUUACCUGCUAGUGUAACCUGCAGUCCACGCACCCACUAACACACAUUCUGCACGUAGCUGGUCAUUGCUGUACUCAGGUGUGACCGAGAGGAUGGCUGGCGCAGUGGGCCACUGCGCGUGGCUGCUCGGGCUGCUCCUGGUGACGUCAUGCGAGCCUGAGCCCCAGUGCUCGUCCCUCGCCCCUGGAGGCGUCCACUUCGCCCUCAGCAGCGGCAGGAACCGCACCGGGCACUGGCGCACCCAGGUGCAGCUGAAUCAUGAAAAUAAUCCCUCAGGCAAUGCAACAUUGGAGACUGGAUUAUGGGAAGUGGACAUCAAACAGACAGUCAAGAAAUGCGAAGAACGGGAAAUAAUUGGAAUAGUGGCCUCAGUGACAGCCCCGCCAGUACGAGCGGUUCCAGGCUAUGAGCUGGUGCCCGGCUUGGGCUACUACAAGCUGCACACCUACACCAAGCCAUGGCUCGAGGCUCGGCAGACGUGCAGCGAAGAGGGCGCCCACCUCGCCAUCGUAAACUCAGAACAAGAGCUCAAGGUUCUUCACAGGAUCUACCAGAUGUAUCCCAAGAUACAAGAAGGUUGGAGGAACGAUUGCGCGUACCUUGGCUUUCACGAUAUGUACAAGGAAGGACAGUACAUAACGAUAUUCGGGGAGCCCCUGGCAGACACCGGCUUCUCCAAGUUUGCUCCUGGCGACCCUUCGGACAAGACGGGUACCGAGAACUGUGGCUGCACCUGCCGCAACAAGGAGUUGUUCGACGUUGGCUGCGCCAAUCUGCUGCCGUUUUUCUGCGAGCAAGAAAUUAUGUAAAAUAUCCCACUUACAUGAAGUUAUCUACUGUAAGGCAAAAUUGUUUCUGUGGAACUUGAGUAACUUGUUGCAAAUUUUAUUGUUCUAUUUAAAAAUACAGAUUUUUGAAUAAAGAUUCUU